GCAUCACUGAAUUGCACCCCCUGUGUUCUUAUAACCCACAAACCCCUGUGCUAACCCUACAAAUAUCGGGUUGUAUCAGCUACUUAAGACAUGGCGAGUAAUAGAAUGCAUGGGGUACAAAGAAUUCUUUCGAAAUUAGAAUCGUCUGUAAACGCUGGAAAUUAUUAUGAAGCCCACCAGAUGUACAAGACGUUGUAUUUCAGAUACCUUGGACAGAAAAAGUACGAGGAGUUGUUAGAUUUGCUAUAUGAUGGUGCAGUAUUAUUACUCAAACAUGACCAACAAACGAGUGGAGCAGAUCUAGCAAUACUGUUGGUUGAUGUCCUGCUCAAAGCAGAGGCCUCCACUUCAGAAGACCAGUUUGACAAAUUAUCUCGCUUAUUUGGAAUGAUAAGUUCAGAUGUACCAGAAAGAGAAACGUUUCUUGCCAAUGCAUUGCAGUGGUCAAUGAAAGGGUCACAGGAAUACAAGAGUGGGCAUCCACAUCUACACCAAAGCAUAGCACAGAUUCUAUGGAAAGAGAAGAAUUAUGCACUGGCUAGGUAUCACUUUCUCCAUUCUACAGAUGGCUCUGGUUGUGCUGCAAUGUUAGUAGAAUUGCAUAGGCAGAGAGGCUACUCUAGUGAAGUGGACUUGUUCAUUGCUCAAGUUGUGCUGCAGUACCUAUGUCUGCAGAACAAAACAAGUGCAAAGGAUGUUUUUGACAGUUACACCACACAACACCCAAACAUCAAGAAGACUGGUCCACCUUAUAUACUACCACUUCUGAACUUCAUAUGGUUUCUACUAGAAGCUGUUGAAAGCGGCAAACUGGCAGCAUUCACAGUGUUGUGUCAGCAGUACCAGACGAGUAUCGAGAGAGAUCCAAGUUACAUUGAAUAUUUGGACAAGAUAGCACAGAUAUUCUUUGGAGUUCCCCCGCCACGUCCACAGUCACAAGGUCUCUUUGGAAAUCUUCUUCAGUCCUUCCUCAGUGGCUUGGAUGAUUCAGAGUCUGAAGACGAGUCCCCAUCAUCACACCCAAGAGCUUCCACAUCACGUCAGCACAUGGAGACUGAUGAACUGGAUUGAUGUAAUAGUGCAGGAUAGUGACAGGACAAGUGGUGUGUCAUGGAGUGGUGGUGCAACAACAUUGAUAGAUGACAUAGAGUGUGUCUACUCAUAGCUUCCAGUAACACUGCACACCCCUCACUUGCCAGGAUUUCUUGUUCAGCCUCCACAAUUCAGAGCAAACAUGGAAACUCUAUUGGUUAAAAAAGUGUAAGCUUAUCCAUUUUAUAUAGUAUAUGUGUGCAGUACAUGGCCAUGGGUUAGGGCAAAACGAACAUAUGGUAUUACAAUCUUUUAAUAACCUUUGCAGUUUUACUUUCAGAAUUCUAUCGGUCCCCUCCCCCCCAAAAAAUUCUCUUAAUCUUGAGUAAUGUCUGAAAGAUGAGAAAUAGGUCAUUAAUAGCAUAUACAUGUAAUUGGAGUGGUCCUGCCUAGAUUGAAUUUCACUGAUUAACUUAGUAAAGUACUGAUUUCUAAUGACUGAUUGUAUAAAGAGCAUGUAGCAUAGGUUUGUUAGAUUUGCACUGACCGUGCGAGAUACAUUUUGAAAUGUUGGAUAUAAUGCUUUGUUUUUUUAAUUGAUAAUACAUAUGAGCUUUGUUGUUUUCCUGUUCUGUAAUUAUGGGUUUAUCAUUAGUUAGGACAUGAUCAGAAAGGUCACAUUACAGGUGAAAUGAGUAUAUAUUAAAUUUACUCAUAGAUUAAUUUCUUUUUAUUGUUUUUAAUUAUGAAGUGUGACAAAGUAUGACACUGGCAACAUUGCAAAGCAUGAUAUUAUAUUUUAGCAUCCUGUUGCAUUAUUGACACUGUACAUAUAAUUGAAUAAUUACAAAGCAUGAGUCACUCUGUAGUUGAUGGCAAGUAUGUAUAGGUACAUGUUUGAACUUUACCUAGCAUGUCAUGAAAAUGGGUGAUUAAUGUUUUGAACAAAGAUUAAACAUGAAAUUUUUGUUCAGAUUUUGUAACAACUUAACCAGAAUGUUGGAAAUGUAAAAGUGAGUAUAUGGAGAAGACAUUAAGUCAAGAGCACAUGUUUUUGAAUGGUGUAAAUAGUUUUCUGGAAGAUGGGAUGAAGUUGAGUUUGACAGCCGAACUAGACAUCAGAUAUCAAAUUCAAAUGGAAACGUCGAAAAGUUGAGAACUCUGGAAUGGAAUGAUCAAUGUCAUGCUGUCAGAAUGAUUGCAGAAGAACUGGAGAUCAGUAGAGAGAUUAUAUGAUUGAUUCCAGUUGAAAAAUUGGGAUUGAAGAAAGUUUGUGCUGAGAUGGUGUUGAGGAACCUCACUUGCAAGCAAGGACUUUUUGUUGAAAAGAAUCGUGGUCAUGGAACACACAUUUACUUGCCAGAUCUCGCUUCAUGUGACUUCUUCCUCCUUCAUUCCUUGAAGAAUUAAUUAUGUGAGAAGAUUUCAUGUUGACACCAUGGAAGGGAUUUGGAAGGUUAUUUUGUCUGUUAUAAACAGCUUGAAGGACAGUGACUUCUGGUAGUGCAUUAACAGUUGGAAACAAUGUUGGAGUUCAUGAAUAGCUGCAGGAGGGAACUACUUUCAGGCAGAAUAUUAUUACUGUAGUUCAUGGUACAACUUAAUACAUUGCUGUCUGAGUAGUCUUGUUAUUCGUCAAAUCUUGCAGUCUGCCACCUCUGAUCUUGUUAUAACAUGACAUCAUGUCUGCUACUAUUGUGGAAGGGAACUGUAGGAAACUUCAAGUAAUGAAAAUUUAGUAAUAAAAGUUAUUUCAAAUUUACAGGAUAAAGUUAUAGAGAUUCUAGAACUGUUGCAUUGGAGUUUGGUGGUAUAUUUCAAUAUAAGUAUAAUAUAAAAAUUGAUUUCUAAACCUGACAUGUUUUGGUCUCUAUUUAGUCAUUAUCAUGGACCUCAUAUAUACAUCAUGUAGCUAUUAAACAUAUACAUCAAGGUUGCACAUUAUCUGGAAUGAUUUUUGUUGAUUAUUUUGAUAUUCUUAAAUAAGAUCUGCUACAUAUCUAUAAAAUCAUGGGUUUUGUGUACCAUCCACGCGUGUAAAAAUUCUCUGGAAACUUAUUUUUAGUCUGUGUAACAUAGCUUCAAAUUCUUAUACAGGAUGUCCCAGGAGGAAUGUGCCAGACUUCGGAAUGGUGUUCCUUAUGUUAAAGUAUGGCGAUAUAACC